AGGGCGGUGACAGGCUCUGGAACGCGCGGACAGAGAGCAAGGCGGGGAUUGGUGCGGUUGGUUUGUUACGUACCGGGCAGCGGCGGUCUCCCUUCUGGUGCACGGUCUCCCUGCGGGACCCCUCGUGCGAGACUCCGCCCCGGGGACACCUGCUGCGGAGAGCCGGCGCUGGAGCGAUCUGCCCGGAUCCUCGCGGGGGUGCAGCGGGUUCGAGCUCCCGGGAUCGCUACCUCUCGGAGCCGCCGAUCUCUUUCCACCCUCCCCCGGGAACAUGAGUGACGGGGCGGGGAGCGAGCGGCAGUUGCUGCCCCGGCUCUGCCGCCUGGAGAAGGGGCCGAACGGCUACGGCUUCCACCUGCACGGGGAGAAGGGCAAGGUGGGCCAGUUCAUCCGGCUGGUGGAGCCUGACUCCCCGGCCGAGACGUCGGGGCUGCGGGCCGGGGACCGGCUGGUGGAGGUGAACGGCGAGAACGUGGAGAAGGAGAGUCACCAGCAGGUGGUGAGCCGCAUCCGAGCCGCCCUGGGCGCCGUGCGCCUGCUGGUGGUGGACCCGGAGACAGACGAGCAGCUGCGGAAGUUGGGCGUCCAGUGCCGGGAGGAGAUGAUCCAUGGGCUGCCCGCCGCGGGCCAGGAGAAGCCGGAGGAGAAAAGUAACGAGGAGCCGCAGGAGGCACCGAGGGAGGAAGCACUGAGGGAGGAAGCACCGAGGGAGCAGGCGGAGAUGCCAGACGGGGAGGAGAAGAGCCACCCUGCGGAGCGGAAAGAGCUGCGGCCUCGUCUCUGUCCGAUGAAGAAGGGCCCUAACGGCUACGGAUUCAACCUCCACAGUGACAAAACCAAGCCGGGGCAGUACGUCCGGGCCGUGGACCCAGACUCGCCGGCUGAAUCCUCAGGGCUACGUCCGCAAGACCGCAUCAUUGAGGUGAACGGACAGUGCAUGGAAGGGAAGCAGCACUCUGACGUGGUGACGGCUAUCAAAGCUGGGGGAGAUGAGACCAAGCUGCUGGUGGUGGAUAGCUUAACAGAUGAGUUCUUCAAGAAGUGCAAAGUCGUUCCCUCGGAGGAGCACUUGACAGGUCCCUUGCCAGAGCCAGUUGCCAACGGCGAAGUAGAGAAGGAGGACAGCAGAGAGGAGCGGCCAGAGUCCGUGUCUGAAAGUCCAUCAAGCCCCGAGCCAAUGGCGGUGUCCCCCUCUUUCAAAGAGACCUACAACGAGUCUGACUCGCAAGAGAAGGAGGAGAAGCGAAACUCCACGCCCGAUCCACUCCUGGACCUCAACGUUCCCCUGGCCGUGGCCAAGGAGCGCGCGCACCAGAAACGCACCAGCAAGAGGGCGCCGCAGAUGGACUGGAGCAAGAAAAACGAACUGUUCAGCAAUCUCUGAAAACCCCCCCGGCAGAGGAGAGGAGAAGUAGCAAACUCUCCAGCGUCUGGCCCAAAUCUCCACCAGCAUCUCGCUUUCUUCCCAGUCUCCAGUUUCGCUAGGGAGCGGAAUCCUUUCCCCUACACUUGGAUUGCACAAUUUGGUUUUCUCUACUGUAAUCUAAUCUAAAGG